UAGUGGUGUUAUGCGUCCAACGUUUGAUGAUCUUGAAAAGCCGUUUUAUGAUCGUGGUGUUGUCGAAUUGGUGGACUUUCUUUGGGAUUAUGAAAAACAUUGUGAAUUGAAAAGGAUAAUCAAGACGUGUGAUACGUGGUACAGUUUGAAGAAGGCAAUGAUUAAAGGGAUUGUAGAAGUUGAGGAAAAGAUUAAUAAGGUGUGGAGUAUAAAGCAAAAGGACCAUGAAUCUAUAUUGUCAUACACUUACCGUUAUGAGACGCUUGUGGUUCUGGUAAAAGGGAUAAUCAAAGAUUACAAAGAGUUAUAUUGGUAUAUAGGCGGGUUAUGUGAAUCGUACCAAUGGGAGGUUGAAUCAAUGUGUCCAAUAACGUACGACGAAGCAAAAGAAUGGGCAUUGGAAUUGGAAGCAGAAAUAAAUGAUGAUGGGAUGCAAGGAAUUGAGAUAGGCAAUACGUUAGUUAAAGCUAACGUUGAAGUCAAAAGAGUUGGAAUUAAAAAGAAGAACCUAAAAACUUGCUUCGAAGUUAAAUUCGAGAAGUUCAUAGAAGAUAUGUCACCACAAAAACGUAAAUCUGUAAUAGUGCUAAGUUAUGCGGCAAUGUGGAAACUUUACUGUGUUGUAGUCAAAAAUAAUAAUUUUCUUUAA